AUGAAGCCGCAUUCAAUGCCCAAGCUGGCGGCCACAGCCACUCCCCAAUCUGCCAGUCCCGGGAAGAAGAGCUCUGGCGGGCCGCUCGAGAGUCCGCUUACCAAGCGCAGCCGCUUCGUUGGCAAGCAAUCCAAGCAGUCCCUGCCUCCUGCAUCUUUUGCGGACUCCAAGCACCAUGAUGCUCUCUAUGGACCGCGAGAGCACAUUCGCCACCGCUUCCCUGGGCUCAUUGGGCUACGAUUGCUCAAUACGGUCAAUAAGUGGUAUCGUGCGCAGAAGGACCAGCGCCUUCCUUUCUUCAGCAGCGGCUUCGGCAACACCAACGGCACCAAAUUGCUCGUGAUGCACGACAUGAACCGCCGUGACCAAGGCGCGGUGGAGGAGGACUACACGCUAAAGGUCCUCAGUAUGGGCAGCGUCCCUGGCGUGCGAGGACAGCCAUGGGCAGUCUUGACUGCUGAUCGUGCCGACCCUGACGGCGACGGAGUGCCGCCCUACCAGUUGCUGACCUUCGGCACGCUUACGCGUGCGAUCUACAAUGCGAUCAGUAGGGAGCCUGAGAACCCGCAGGUGGAGGCGACGCUCGAGGCGGGCUUGCAUGGCGCUCAGAUCUACAGCUGCCGCACGCCCCCAGACGUGUGCGAAUUCCUCAUGGAGUUCCACAACGAGUUCCACCAGGGCAGCGGCUACACCUUGAUACAGUUCGUCCAGCUCACAGAGAAAUCCGAGGCGCAAUGGAAGGCGCAUGCGCAUAGCUCUGGACAGGACGUCACGAACCAGGAUAAGUACAACAGCCCCAACGUGUUCAACGACGCCAAGGCCAGCUUGCACGCCCGCAAACGUCGUGGCAUGUACCAGCCCGCCAUGGCCUUACUCGGGGCUACCUGCGAGUUCACGGAGCUCAAGAACGAGUUCGCCGCGUAUGCAAUCCACGAGCUGAUGAUUGUCCUGGAGACCAAGUACAAGCACGCGAUGCCGAAGGAGCUGCUGAUCACCGUGGGCUGCGAGAUCCUGAAGUUCAUGGUGCCGACCGUGGCGCGCAAGGAGGACGCUGCGCCAGGGUCUGACUCUUUCAAGAACAACCAGUUCCUCCAGUCGUUCGUCAGUACUCGGGAGUUGCCGUGGAUUCUCAACAGUCGCGACAAC